AUGUGCGAUAAAGGCCCUGCUGGCAGUACAGGCACUGCUGGCAGUACAGGCACUGCUGGCAGUACGGGCACUGCUGGCAGUACGGGCACUGCUGGUAGUACGGGCACUGCUGGCAGUACAGGCACUGCUGGCAGUACGGGCACUGCUGGUAGUACAAGCACUGCUGGCAGUACAGGCACUGCUGGCAGUACAGGCACUGCUGGCAGUACGGGCACUGCUGGUAGUACGGGCACUGCUGGUAGUACAGGCACUGCUGGCAGUACGGGCACUGCUGGUAGUACAAGCACUGCUGGCAGUACAGGCACUGCUGGCAGUACAGGCACUGCUGGCAGUACAGGCACUGCUGGCAGUACAGGCACUGCUGGCAGUACAGGCACUGCUGGCAGUACAGGCACUGCUGGCAGUACAGGCACUGCUGGCAGUACGGGCACUGCUGGCAGUACGGGCACUGCUGGCAGUACGGGCACUGCUGGCAGUACGGGCACUGCUGGUAGUACGGGCACUGCUGGUAGUACAGGCACUGCUGGUAGUACAGGCACUGCUGGUAGUACAGGCACUGCUGGCAGUACAAGCACUGCUGGCAGUACAAGCACUGCUGGCAGUACAAGCACUGCUGGCAGUACAGGCACUGCUGGCAGUACAGGCACUGCUGGCAGUACAAGCACUGCUGGCAGUACAGGCACUGCUGGCAGUACAGGCACUGCUGGCAGUACAAGCACUGCUGGCAGUACAGGCACUGCUGGCAGUACAGGCACUGCUGGCAGUACAGGCACUGCUGGCAGCACAGGCACUGCUGGGUGA